AAACCACGCCUUCUUGUUUUGCGGACAAAUAAAGAUGGCGGCAGAGGCUACCAUAGUAUUGUACACUUUAGUCUUUGGUUUUUAUUCCUUUCUGGAGGUGAGCGGGUCCAUGCCUCAAGAGAUACGAAGUGAAGGCCUCACCCUUACCUCUCUCUUCUCACGCUACUAUGGAGAUCAAGACAUAGAUUUCAUCGGGUACCACAUGAGAAGAUGCACAGGGGCCAUUGUUAUUCAUUCUUUUCUUCCUCUUAUUUAUACGAUUGGGCUCCAGUUUGUGUAUCCACAUUUUAACAUAUUAUUUUUUUGGGACGUUCCGCCAACUGUACAAAGACUCCUCAUGCUUUCGUUUGUCAGUAUUUUAGUGGGUGUGUCUGUGGGCGUGGCUCACUCUCGAAAACAAUGGAGUGCUCAUCCACUAGCAAAAGUUUUGUCUAAAUAUAGUAACAACUGGAGGCUAGUAGCAUCUUCAAUCAAUGCAGAAUAUAGACGCAUAGACAAAUUCGUGGCAGAUGUUGGCAGAUACAAGAUUGUCAUUACCGACUCCUGGAUAUUGAAAUGUGGCGUGCACACAAUACAAGCAAUACGACAGAGUGAAGCAGAACUAAAAGUAUCAUCUACUGAUGAGCAAAGAAUAGACGUUGAGGGAAGACCAGUUCAGUUCCUUACCAUACAAGUAUCUAGCGUUGAGCCUCAUAUAACCUCAUUUAAGAUGCGGUUAAAAUCUGAAAUAUAUGGUAGCUUGAGAGAAAAGCUAACACUGCCCAUUCAAGUGGCGAGGAGAAUAGUCAUCAGGCAGACUCUUGAUGAGCAGUUUCUAGUCGCUUUCACUGAACAAGUGGAGAGGAAUGGAAAAUACAGUGUACCCAAUGAAUGUCUUCCAUUGGAACCUUGUCUGGGCUGUUCACAAAGCAUGCCAGAGGUUAAGUUGAUGAAGACCUGCACAGCAACUGGAGAAACCUCGUGUCAGUCUUGCAACUGCAAGCCAAUGUGGUGUCUCUCCUGUAUGAGCAAAUGGUAUGCUAGUCGCCAAGACAAGAACAGACCCGAUACAUGGAUGGGAGGAUAUGCCACUUGUCCUCUCUGUAGACAGAAAUUUUGUAUGCUAGAUGUACUUAAAAUUGAGGAUUAGCAUUUUAAAAAUGAUUUUUCAAUAAUUUAUAUUGAAGAUUUUUCAAUAUUAUUUAUAAUUUAUUUUGUGAAUGUCAUUAACUGGUUACAUAAUAACCUACAUGACAUCACAUUUUAUGUCACAGAGCAUCACUGUUUGAUAAUUGUACUCACUACUCAGUAAGAAUAAAGUCCAUUUUAAAUUAAUUUUUUAAAGAAUAUGAAUAAAGUUAUAAGGCUA